AUGGGUGACUUUGCUUCCAAUCCCGAGUCUCUCAUCCCACUAUUUAAGCUCGACCGAGUCCUCAAACAAGAUGAAGCUGGACGCCGCAGUAUUCUCCUUGGGAAAAUCAACGACAACCCGGCCUUAUUAAUCCUCGAGCGCGCACCAUUUCCCAGCUCAACGACAUACCUCUCCAAGAUACCCUCCACUCUCCAAACUCUCAAGAACCUCGGUGCGAAUGAUGUUUACUUCUGGUAUCUCGCAACCUCGACACCCUAUACAGCUUCCGACAAGCCCGAAAAUUUCGCAGACCUCAAGAUCAAUUUAAUAUAUCCAUGUACGGAACAGCAUAUUAAAAAGUAUUCGAAGCAGGCUGUACGUAUGGUGGUCGAGACACCUCAGAUUUACAGGGAGAAAGUGAAGCCGUACAUGUUAGCCAAAAGAGAGCAGGGCCGUCUCAACUGGGUCUACAAUAUAAUCGAUGGAAAAACCGAAGUCGAGGAUGUGAUUUAUCGUACACCGCAAGGAAGAGAUGGUGAUGAGGGAUUCCUCUUACUGCCAGAUCUGAAUUGGGACCGCAAAACGAUGGAAGGCCUACAUCUUUUGGGACUGGUGGAGAGGAGGGACAUAUGGAGUCUACGAGAUCUGAAAAAGAGACAUCUUCCUUGGCUGAGACACAUGCGGGACAAGUUGGUGGAUGCUACAGUCAAAAUGUACGGUGAUAAGGGUGUGGAAAGAGAUACCCUGAAGCUGUACGUUCACUACCAACCCACAUACUAUCACUUCCAUAUCCACAUUGUUCAUGUGGCACUGGAAGCUGGAGCUACACAAGCUGUAGGCAAAGCAGUCGGACUAGAAACUAUCAUCUCGCAACUCGACACAAUGGGAGGAGAUGAGGAGAGGGGUAUGGAAGAAGCAGAACUUCAUUACACAGUCGGGGAAGCUAGCGAGCUAUGGACGGAGAUAUUUGCGCCCCUGAAAGAGGGCUAG